GAAGUGAGUUGCCCGUGUGUGCGAGCUGUGGCCAGAGGAUCUACGACGGCCAGUACCUCCAGGCCCUGAAUGCUGACUGGCAUGCAGACUGCUUCAGGUGUUGUGAAUGCAGCACCUCCCUUUCGCACCAGUACUAUGAGAAGGAUGGACAGCUCUUCUGUAAGAAGGACUACUGGGCCCGCUAUGGCGAGUCUUGCCAUGGGUGCUCCGAGCACAUCACCAAAGGACUGGUCAUGGUGGCUGGGGAGCUGAAGUACCACCCUGAGUGCUUCAUCUGCCUCACCUGCGGGACCUUCAUUGGGGAUGGGGACACCUACACGCUGGUGGAGCACUCUAAGCUGUACUGCGGGCACUGCUACUUCCAGACCGUGGUGACCCCAGUCAUCGAACAGAUCCUGCCUGACUCCCCCAGCUCCCACCUGCCCCACACGGUCACCCUGGUGUCCAUCCCAGCCUCCACUCAUGGCAAACGAGGCUUGUCUGUCUCCAUCGACCCACCUCAUGGCCCACCGGGCUGCGGCACUGAACACUCCCACACUGUCCGAGUCCAGGGAGUGGACCCAGGCUGCAUGAGCCCGGAUGUGAAGAAUUCCAUCCAUGUGGGAGACCGCAUCUUGGAAAUCAAUGGUACGCCCAUCCGGAAUGUGCCGCUGGAUGAGAUAGACCUGCUGAUCCAGGAGACCAGCCGGCUGCUUCAGCUGACCCUCGAGCACGACCCCCAUGACUCUCUGGGCCAUGGGCCACCAUCGGAUCCCAGCCCACUGGGCUCCCCCCUGCACACUCCCAGUGGACAGGCCAGCAGCUCUGCCCGACAGAAACCUGUCUUGAGGAGUUGUAGUAUCGACACUUCCCCGGGCGCAGGCUCACUGGCCUCGCCAGCCUCCCAGCGCAAGGACCUGGGUCGCUCCGAAUCCCUCCGAGUGGUCUGCCGGCCACACCGCAUCUUCCGCCCAUCCGACCUCAUCCAUGGAGAGGUGUUGGGCAAAGGCUGCUUUGGUCAGGCCAUCAAGGUGACGCACCGGGAGACAGGAGAGGUGAUGGUGAUGAAGGAACUGAUCCGGUUUGAUGAGGAGACCCAGAGGACGUUUCUCAAGGAGGUGAAGGUCAUGCGCUGCCUAGAGCACCCCAACGUGCUCAAGUUCAUCGGAGUGCUCUACAAGGACAAGCGACUGAACUUCAUCACAGAGUACAUCAAGGGUGGCACCCUGCGGGGCAUCAUCAAGAGCAUGGAUAGCCAGUACCCAUGGAGUCAAAGGGUCAGCUUUGCCAAGGACAUCGCAUCAGGGAUGGCCUACCUCCAUUCGAUGAACAUCAUCCACCGAGACCUCAACUCCCACAACUGCCUGGUCCGUGAGAACAAGAAUGUGGUGGUAGCUGACUUUGGGCUGGCCCGGCUCAUGGUAGAGGAAAAGACUCAGUCUGAAGAUCUGCGAAGCCUCAAGAAGCCAGACCGCAAGAAGCGCUACACCGUGGUGGGCAAUCCCUACUGGAUGGCGCCUGAAAUGAUCAAUGGCCGUAGCUAUGAUGAAAAAGUGGAUGUGUUUUCCUUCGGAAUUGUCCUCUGUGAGAUCAUUGGCCGGGUCAAUGCAGACCCCGAUUACCUGCCUCGUACUAUGGACUUUGGCCUCAAUGUGCGGGGUUUCCUGGACCGCUAUUGCCCACCAAACUGCCCCCCAAGCUUCUUCCCCAUCACUGUACGCUGCUGUGACCUGGACCCCGAGAAAAGGCCGUCCUUCGUCAAGCUAGAGCAGUGGCUGGAGACCCUCCGCAUGCACUUGGCUGGUCACCUGCCACUGGGCCCACAGCUGGAACAACUGGACCGGGGCUUCUGGGAGACCUACCGGAGGGGCGAGAGCUCACUGCCUGCCCACCCUGAGGUCCCUGACUGAGCCCAACUGGCCCUGCUGCCUCUGUCCCCACCUCUGGAAAAUCCACCCAUACCAGAUUCCUCAGCAAGAGGAAGUCCAGGCCUGGGGUCCUCAGCCAGGGCAGCGGUACCCAGACUUAUCCCUCAACCCUGACCCUGCCUUGUCUUUUUCCCUCAUGCACCGUGCUCCCCAGCUCUCUGCCUCCAGUCCCCAAGGUGCGUGUGCACACACACACAUACACACUGUCACAAUGCCCUGCCUUACCUCCCUCUUGGUGGGGCCGCCUCUCACUUAUCCUCGCAUGAGUUGGAGGCCCCUGGGGAAGCUGGGCCCAUUCCAUGCAUCACCACCCAGCCAUCUGCACACUGUACCUGCCCACAGCACUCCCCCAGUUGAAGUUGGGCUGGGAAGGCCGCUUUGGGAAGUGAGCCCUAUGAUGAUUGGGCAUGUGCCAGGGGAGAGGCUAUGUUCCCAGGUGCCCAACUGGGAGUCAGGGGACCCCAUGUAACCCCAACAUGGGGCGUCUAGGCAGCAGACGGUUUGACCAAAACGCCAAGGAGUUUGCUCCGAGAGCGAGAUAAAUGUUGCCCCACCCUCGCUCUUGCUUGGGGGCCACCUUCUCCCUUGAUCAAAGCCACUUUAGUGAGAAGCAGGUACUAGAUAGACCUCAGGGUAGACAGGGAGCCCUCAAGGGAAAAGGGGGCAGGAUGCCUCAGAUCUGGCUGACUGACAGGGAGGGGCUGACCUGCACAGCAGAGGCUGGGCAGAGGGGAAAGAAGCAGCCAUCCACCAGCACCCCAAGUUCAUCUCAGCACCCCUUCCCAGGCCUCUCAUUGACUGGAGCAGCCCUGCCCCCCUCCUCGGGUGCCUCUGUCCUCUGGGUUCUUUCUGUGUAAUCUAUUUUUUAAGGAGAGUUUGUAUUAUUUUUUCAUAACGGCUGUAGCAGCAGCUGCUGGGAGCUUGGGGGGUUGGAUGUUAUUUUGGUUUUGGUUUUGGUUUUUUUUGGUGGGGGAGGGGGGUGGGAGGGCCAUUUCCUACUUUGCCUCAGUUGAACAUCUAGGACAUAUUAAAACUGUGAAGCAUUUUCUCAGUGCACUUUGAACCCAAAAUAGAAUCCGAGCAGACCCUGGUGGGACCACAACUGAGAGAGGUGGGACACACUUGCCUCCCCCCCAGCGACCCCGAUGUUGAAGGAAUUAAAAAGCCCAAACUCAGAAUAAUAAAAACAAUUCUGUGCUCCCCGUG